ACCACGGCCAUUCUUCCCGUAGAUGUCCAGCUGGUUGCGCGAAGUGCGAGAAUUUUGUCGGAGUGCGUAAGGUAGAUUUUCAUCUGUUUCCCAAAAAUUUGUUUCUGUCUUGAAUUUGUCCUCGAAAGCUGUCCGCCGUAGUGAAAUUCCUCCGCCCCGUUUAUCUGCAACGGUAUUGAGUUUAUUCGAAAGAACGUCUACUACGCUGUUUCGGUGAUUCACUGUCGUAGUUAAACGCAAAAAAACAAUCGAAGUUAACUAUGAUUGCCAAGAGGCGGUUCGUCCCCUUGAUAGUAAUUUUGUGCAGCCUUUCGCUUGCCUCGUCGGCAGCAAUAGGGGAUGGAAAAGGUGACGUGAAGGCGAAUGCAACGGACGGUCUUCCGACAACCCCGGCUGGAGUUACUCCCCCGGCAAGUGGGAAGGUCGAGCCUACUGUUUCGACCCCGACCACAGAGUCGCCUAGCAGUGUUACGACGACGACGCCAACGAGUAAAGAUGACUCAACUACACCUGCUACGACCACAGAGACUACCACGGAAACUACCACACAACAUUACAAUACAACAGUUCCAACUACUACGACCCCUGCUUCCACAGUUCCCCCCACGACUACAACGUUGACGCCCCCGACAACUCCCAACAGCACAACCACCAGUUCAACUACCUCAAGUUCAUCCAGCACUCCGAGCACAACUCCAACAACCCCAAUUCCAAGCACCCCAACAACCCCAACGACGCCUCCUAGUCCCAGCACAACAACCACGGUCAAGCCUCCUCCGAAUUGCCGCCACUUCGAUGGACCCUCGUUCAUCGGAGGAAUCGUUCUUACCAUUGGCCUGCUAGCCAUCUCCUUCGUGGCCUACAAAUUCUACAAGGCUCGGAAUGAACGCAACUACCAUACGCUUUAAGAACUCGAAAAGAUCCAAGCCAAAGCACUUCAACCACAAUUACAACAAUAGUAGUCUUCUCACAUUGUAAAUGUCCGUCUUAACAUUUACUAACUUGGAAGUGAAAACAUUUAAUUAUUACACGUACGUAUGUAUACCUGAAAGUGAUGAGUUCUAUCUUUUUUUUCAUGUGCGUCAUUCAACGCAUCCUAUUCUAACUAAACAAUUCGUCACGAGAUUAAAGAUGCAUUUAUCCUUUUGUUAUUUCCACAAGAAUCUCAAAAACAACGGAAAGUUAGGUAUUAUUUGCUGCUGAAACAAAAAGGUCUUGAGUUUCUUGAGUGUUGAUUCAUGGAGGAAACUCAAGACUGGCCGAUUGUUCUGAAUAUAGAAUUGAAAAGAAGAAGUAUUUCUGAUUCUAAGGUAGUUAAGGCAAGUUAAGAAUCGCGGGACGAAUAUUGUUUCCAAGCAGCAAAAUUUUUUUCCCUUUUCGUCCUUCAAUCAUAUCGAAUUACUGAAUCUGAUUUGUAUUUCCUUUACUCAGCACUAUUUAAUAUAAGUUUACCAAAUAUGGGUAUCUUCUGCUCAAGAAUUUCUUAAAAGAUAUUUUUAGUUUUCUCAGAUUUCAAUUUGACUUAAUGCUUUAUGAUAACCAAAACUAGGACUCGAGAUUAACUUGACGAAAAAAUGUCAACUAGAUUUGUUUUCAAACGUAUUUCUAUGAAAAUUUGAAGGCUAAAUUCUCUUCGGUCUUCGGCAAUCAUAUCGGAAGCAUAACAUAUAACAACAAAUUAAAUUAGCGAACAAAAACUAAUCAAAUUAUUACUUUACACACAACGUGUCUAAUAUGAGCUUAAAGAUCUUUAUAUGUUUGAAGUUGGAAGAUUAAGAGUAGAAACUCAAGCAUGUGGGAUAAAAACAACUGGCACAGACAAAAUAUUUUCGUUGCGGGUUGUCUUUAACUUUCUAGUUUAAAGAUUGUGACAAUUGAUGUCGAUGUGAAGUUACCUUAUCGAGGCAAAGACAAGCUCGUGGAAGUUCUGCAAAGUUUGUAUUACAAGCGCUCAGUUGCAUGGCGUCCAUAUAAAUAUCAGAAAUAAAAACAUGCGAAUUUUGCGGGAUUAACGUUGUUAUUAUAAUUAGUAGUUUUUUAUUGAAACCUUUCGGUACAAAUAAAUAAAAUCCUUUGAAAUGUUUUUAGACGUGCGUCAGUAGUGCAAUAUAAUAUGGUUUGAGUGUUCUUUUCCAAAUGAUUACCACUUCCAGUUUUGCAUUUAUUACUACACAAAGAAAUCUCUUAAUUCCAAGCUAAUUUGGUAGACGUUUUGAUCAUUUCGAAAGUUGGAACAUAUAAAGUUUGCAAAGGACUCGGUGUAACUAGGAAAGUAAUCAUAGAAGAACAUGUAACGAAACUUUUUGACGAAGAAAUUAAGAACAUAAUUAUGAUCUUGAUUGCCACUGAAUGUUUUCUCACAUCUUAUAUGAAAAUCGAAUAACUAUACCAUAAAAAUAUGUAAAAAUUGACAACUUUUUUUAAGAAAGAGAAAAGGACUGCUGAUGGAAAGUGCUCUUAAAAAUUUGAAACACGUCAUUUUUUUAAUGUUCAAUUGAUAAUAAAAGUAAGAUUCUGAAAAUAAACAAUUAGGAGAAGAUUAUAUCGAUUUCUACCUGUGGAUCAUCUUUGAAAAGAAAAGCUCUAAGUUGAUAAAUAUUUAAGAUACUUUUUCUCCAACAGUGUGUAAGUCAGUAUUGUCUUUGUGAUAAGAAGGGGAUAGUUCAACAGAGUAGACCUGAUGCAUUUUCUUAUCUGUUGGGAAAAAAGAGAAUAUUCCGUUAGGUACUCGCUUUAUCAUAAUUACAAUAUCAUUGAUUUGCACAUUUUAUCCCGUUAAUUGGUGUCUGCAUAGUGUUUAGAUAGUCACUUUUCAUUUGAAUUUCUGUUUUCUUUUGAAAUUCGUUUUAUUUUUCGUAUGUUCAACGAUUUAUCUGGAGAAGUUGUAUGAAUUUAUCUCGUGUCAUUUACCAAAAGUAAUUGGUUCUUACUCCCCUAUAUACUGUUUAUGUGUAACUCAUAUGAAUAGAAUAGAUUAAUUUUGUGAUUUGAUUAGAAAAUGAUUAUUUAACGGAAUUUAUAUUUUAUGUUUAUAAUUUUUCUGUAUAGAUAUUAUCAGAAAUAAAGACUUUGUUUAUUUAAAAAUUUA